UCAAUUUACACCACUUUCAUCUCAACUAUUAUAAGACAUGACAAAAUUUCACUGGAGCUCAGUUUUCAGUGGAAGCCUCGAUUUGAAACACGAUAAGUUACAUAAAAAAAGUAUUAGAAUCCUUUCAAAAAUGUGGAACAUAAUUUCAGUGACAGUGCUAUUGACUAUAUUCAGUUUAGUUUUCAGUGAAGAUGCAUUUCUAAACGAAACUAUACACAUAAGAGUUAAACGCGGAAAGUACUACUCAUAUCCCUCUAGGUUCUACAGAAGACCCCCAAACAGUUACCCAGUUAAGGGGGCCUUUUCUAUAACCCCCCCUCCAGGAUACAUGAUGGAUGAUGACGAACCCCCUUAUCCGGGAAGACCCCACGAUCCAAGACCCAAGGUUAGUAGUAGUAAAAGACCCAGUGAUGGUUUAAGAGACGAAGACAUCAAUAAUAUUGUAAAAUACUUAAGCAAGCAAGAUUUGGAUAAGCUCAUAGAUAUGGCCAGUGAAAAAGAAAGGUUUAGAGAAAAUUCAGUGGAAAGAAGACCUUAUAAACGAGAUGAAACUAGAGUUAUAAAAGAUACUGAUUAUUCCACUCAAGGGUUUAAUCUAAACGGUCCUUAUAAAAUAUAUGAAUCAGAUAAAUUCAACAGAAAUGGACCUUGGGCACAAGAAUCAGAUUCAAUCCCAAUUAACUUCAAACCACAAGAUGAGGUUUAUAAUGGGCCUUUUAGAUCUCAAAAUACUGAGGAAUUCAGGCCUAAACCUCAAGAAUAUGAUAGUAAACACAACGGCCCAUACGCACCGACAGAUUUAUUAAACUACGUUGAAGACGCCACUCAAUCUAAAAUAGUCUACGUUAACCACGACACCCCAAAUUUGCAGACAGAAGAAUCCAUGCAAAAUAAACAGAUAUCGUAUUUAAAUGCUUAUAUACAUCAUGAGAUAAAUGAUAUGCCAAAGGUAGAGAAUGGACAGGGAGAAGAAUUAUUGCCAAAACCUGUUAAUUUAAGAGAGGAAGAUUUUGAUGUUUCUUAUACAAAUAAUGUGCCAACUGUAGUAAAACCGAGUUAUAAGGUGGAAAGUUUUGGAGAUCUGCCUUUGAUGAGUAAUGCUUAUAAAUUGGACACAGUCAGUUCGUACAAAGUGCCGCAUUAUACAGUAAGUAGUGAAAGAAAAUCUAAUGUCUUAAAUCCCAUUUCGAAUCUAUGUCUCUACUCAGUAACAUCAAGCUCAAAAUACAACCCGCCUCCACCCCCACCACCAUCAUCAUCAUCAAAUUCCUCACCCCCCGUGCCCCUAGAACCAGCCCCUCCAAUCUCAUCAGCUAAAGAACAGAGUGAUGCGCACCUCAAAGCUAUCAAGAUAUGGAGCCAUCGCUCGCAGGGGACGGCUUAUACGUUACAUAAUGAUGGGACCUUGUCGUUAGAAAGGCAGAGGCCGAAGAACAAAUACGGACAAUGA